AACAAAUCAGAAGAUUUGGCGAAGACAGCACCCCACUCGAGCAGGAGGUGUCCACGUUUGACUUACUGAGCGUUUAAACCUCCUGAAAUGGAUUAACUCGGUCAUUAUUUUUGUCAAUUCAUAACAGCUGUCGCAAUGUCUGGAUAAGCAUGGAAAACGUCUGGAGGUUGAGGAUUUCACUUUGCGGUUUUCUGGUGUCCUGAGAAUAAAACACCGCCAGUUGUUGACUGGGUUCUUGGGUUUCUUCUUCUCGGAGAUCACCUUACUCUACAAAAGUGAUUCUUUUCUUCCAGCCGGCCACAUUCCUCCAACAAAGGUAUGAACACGGAGGAGCAGGAUCGACUGCGCUCCCUCCUUGAGGCUUACGUGGACCAGUUCGGGAGGAUCGCGAGAAACAAGUUUCUCAAUAUGUGUGCAGAGAUGCAGGUGUCCGCUGCCGAGGCAGACCGUUUAUUUAACCGGCUGGACGUAGACAAGGACGGAACAGUGACUGUAAUGGAGCUCACCAGCGGCUUCCACGGCGGCUACCGCAAGGAUAUGGAGUCGGACGUAGGGUAUGUGUCCACCGCCUGGGAGCAUUUCGAGAGAAGACUGGGCGAGCAGACCAAGUUCAUCCCCAGUUGUGAACAAGCAGCGACACUUUACCAGAACAUCAGCCUGACUGAGCCCAGACUGAUUCCACAGUUCGAGAAUGUCAUCAUGAACUUCACCAAAGAGAUCAAACAUCAGAACUCAGAGAUAGAGAACCUGGCCCUUGCCAUCAAACGAGUGCAGGACCAAGCGUCAGUACAGCUCAGUGAGAUGGAGGAGGAGAUGGACCAACGCAUUCAUGCUACGGAGAGUAAAACUCGGGAGCAGGAGAAGACGAAAGCAGACGCAGCCCUGGGAGAGUUACGAAGAAAUUAUGAAAGUGAAGUGUGUGAGCUACAGUGUAAAAUCCAGAGGAUGCAGAUGAUAGAAGAGAAGUACAAGAACAUCACUGUGAAAGAUGAAAGCCUAACUUUGAAGAGGAAGAUUAAUGACCUAACACUGGAGAACCAGCGAUUAAAAGAGGAGCUGCUGAAGUCUCAGACCAAUGUGGCAUGUCUGCAGAGUGAGAUGGACUCGCUGAAGACGGAGCUGACUGAUCAAAGCAUCAACUCUGAACGAGAUGAAGAGCUCAUGAAACAUUUCUCUGAGGAACGGCACAUCCUAGAGAGUCAGAUUGAAAUUCUGCAAACAGCCAACAGGAAGCUCCAUGACAGCAACGAUGGUCUGAGGACAGCUCUGGAGAAGAUCACAAAAUCUGGUAAUGGUGGAUCACCAGGAGAAAUAAUGGACAGAACCAAAAGGAACUUCUGCACAUCAUCAUACACAUUAAUAGACAGGUUCUGCCAGCAUAUGGAUGAGUACCCUCUGUACGGCACGCGGCCGAGCAGUGACACCAUGGCGUUGGCCAUGUGUGACCCAGGCCUGAGGCGCAGACACAGCAGUGAGUGUGAAGUGGACAGCCUGCCUGAGAUCUACAUGGACAGCGGCAUGUCGACACUCAGAGGCUCACAUGGGGGCUAUGACUCAGAACUGGAGGUCAAAGGUCAGGAAGAUGAGGAAGAGAGUGAGCCAGCAGAUACACAGGACGGUGAAUCGGCAAUUGGUUCGGACAGCAGCUCAGUAUUGGAGUGGAAGCCAUCUGACUCUGCAUUUGUCACAACACCCCCCGCCCUAACAACACGAAAAGCCCUCAGCGCCAUUAGUGUUCAGGACAAGGACAAGGACAGCACUGACUUCGGCUACAUGCCAUCAGAGAAGGCCUACAGAAUCGUGUUUGCUGGAGAUGCUGCUGUGGGGAAAUCCUGCUUCCUGCUCCGCCUCUGCAAGAACGAGUUCAAAAUGAACACCUGCACAACUCUGGGAGUGGAUUUCCAGAUGAAAACCCUAAUUGUGGAUGGAGAGCCCAUUUUACUACAACUAUGGGACACUGCAGGACAGGAGAGGUUUCGCAGCAUAGCCAAGUCUUAUUUCCGCCGAGCAGACGGUGUGUUGCUGCUGUACGAUGUCAGCUGUGAAAAGAGCUUCCUUCAUGUCAGAGAGUGGGUUGACAUGAUUGAGGGUGUGUCUCAGGAGGGCAUUCCCAUCAUGCUCGUGGGUAAUAAGUGUGAUCUUAGACAAGAGGGAGUUAAAUGUGUCCCUACGAGCUACGGAGAAAAACUGGCUAUGACAUACAACACUCUGUUCUGUGAAACUAGUGCCAAAGAUGGCUCCAACAUCCUGGAGGCUGUGCUGCAUCUGGCCAGACUGGUAACAAAGCAGGCUACCUUUAAUGACAAAAAAGAGGCACUGCCCAGCUUGGACACUCCCAGGAAGAAACCAAACUUUUCCUGCUGCACCUGAUCAAACUCAGAUAUGGAGCUCUGCAUCUGGCUUAAUGAGAACUCAACACAGGUGGAAUGAGGAAAACAAACCUGACAAAACAGAAAUGAGACAUUAUUUCUGCAGAGGCACAGCAACAGGAACAAAACAUCAUUGCGAAUAAUGAAAACAAUUUAACAUAUGGAUUAAGUGACCUACUUUACAGCAGCUCAGUUUGUUUUGUUUUUUUUUCCUCUGUUGCUCAAGGUUACUUAACCAUCCUGUACUGAGCUUCAGACAUGGUUUACAGUUCCAUAUUCAAUGUAAGUCAGUGUAAACGUAUCACUAAGUGGUGGGUAUGUUCACUGUUCACAAUGCUAUUACACAUAUUUGCACAAGUUCCUUCCAUAUAUUUGAAAUGGUUUGUAAAGUCUGCCCAGAUUAGCACUCCAAGAAAAUCAUGAAAAGGGAAGGGAAGCUGAGAAGAGUGUAGUAAAUGUGUGAGAAGCAUCUAAAAGCGAAGCCAUGUUUUUAUAGCGAUACCAGUAUGUGAUGCUGACAAAUAACUGCACGAGAGAACACAGUUAUUUUAGCAUAAUCUUAUGGUAAAUUAUCUUCUUCUCUGGUUAUGCUAUAAACUGUGACACUUGUGUAAUUAAUUACUCCUGAGUUUAGUAAUUAUCAGUUUUUGUUUUCAGCACCUGGAACAUGCAGCUUCAGCCUAGGUGAACUGCAUUGGCUGCUGACAGAAUUUGAACCCAGGUGCGAUGUGUAAUUGUAUGAGCUAAUGUCACAACCCACCCUCUUUAUUACAUUACCCACAGUGUUAUAUUUCCUUCCAUUUGACUUCCCACUGAGAAUGAUUUUGUAUUAUAGAAUUAAUAUUUUUAAAGGUGAGCAUAAAGUAGAUAAUUUUCAACAUGCAUGAAUGCUUUUAAUAACUACUGCAAUUUUACUAUCUCUUAUGAGUAAUGAAAGUUAAGCAUAAAAGUGAGGCAGCAGGAAGAACAUCCUUUUUAUCCUUCACAUGCAGUACAUGACCAAGUUUGUACAUAUGAUCUUGGCAUACUGUCAUUACAGAUAUUAUAGCUGAAAGUACUGCAGUUAAAUUAAAAUUAAAAGCUUCCAUCCAAAACCCCUCCCUUUCUGAAGCAAAAAUUGGAGGCUGUAUUGGACAGUUUUUGCUUUCCAAACAUCAUUGAUUGAAUUUAAAUAAUAAGAAGCUUCAGUUCAUAUUUUUAACAAAUAAGAAAAAAGAUAAUGGCAGAAACAAGCAUAAUCAUGGGUCACUGAUGGGAUAUUAUUGCUUAGUUCUAUUGCAAAAAAUGAAAAAAUAAAAAAAAA